UACAUUGUCCCCUAUGCACUUUCCAUAAACUACAGAGACACCGCCCCAGCCGUUGUCUUAGUGGUACAAAAGUCAGGGUGAAACUCGUACAUGACAUGCAGUGUAAGAAGGAAGAACUCAUAACAUAUACCUCUAUAUGGAUCAUAAAUUGUUUUAUGAAAGGACCAUGUGACCUGGGGCUGGGCAUAUGGCCCCACCCCAUGAAGGGGAAAUGUCAACAAAGGCUUUCUGUAGAAAAAUGAGAAAUCUUGGCCCUGGAAGGAAAAGAGGAGUAGGAACAGCAGAUUACACACGCAUUCAUAUACGCCGCCCUUUCCCCCAGUGAGCUUCCUGUUCCCUCGAGGUGGCUUGGCUGGGAAGGCAAGAGAGGAGAGCAAAACACAGUCUACAGAGGAGGCAAAAUCCACAACUACGACUCUGCGUCUUAAGACAUUGCUUGCCCUGGAGUUUACUCUCUGCCUACACUUGCCUUUUCCUUCUUAAACUUGGGUAGGUUCCCUUAAAGAGCGAAGAGACAGGAAAGGUGAGGCACUGUUGGUGUUUCUUGCCCUGCUGGGAACCGAAGCGAAGAAGAUUGUGGACAGUUACCUGGCAAUGAAAACAAGCAGCAAGAGCUCAUGGCUGGGGAUGGUGUAGGACACUUAUGUCUGAUGUUUGUUCACUCAACUGUCCAGUCUCUUCUUGUUGGCUGCCAUUAUUACCACUCACCCUGCCAUGUUGUCAGCGUCACACUGGAGGAACCUUCGUCAAACGUUGCUGGUGCUCUUCACUGCCACCCUUCUUAUCGGAAUAACCAUGCUAGCUAUAUCUACCGAUAUUAACCCUGUGGGGUUUUUCUUCCUUGCAAUCGGGGCCCUGUGUUUGGUGGGCUACCUUGUUUCUGUGGCAGUAGAGCAGUAUAUAAAGCAUCAGAAUCCAGCACAAGAAAACCCCACGGCCCCAAGGAGAUCGAGUCAGGCAGGAGACAAUGCAGCCUAUGAGGCACCAGCAUAUGAGGAAGUGGUGGCUACUGGCUACAUCUCAGAUGCAGCACCAACGAUCUGGACGAUUACAUCUACUCCUGGCACAACCGUGCCAGAUCCUCCUCCCUACAGCGUGGUUAUUGAACCUCCUGCCCAUGGAGAGACUGUGGUGGAGACAGUCCGUGUCUCUGUGGCACCAGGCACACGGCGCGCUUCAGAGGCGGACAUGAACUCAAGGUUACGCCUGCGGCUGGUACUCCCCCCAAGACUGCAGCGGGUGGUCUCAGAUAACCAUGAGCUCAAGGGGUCUGAAGAGCGCCUAGAACGGCUAGAGCCCCUCACGCCACCUCCUGCAUAUGAGAAUACAAGUGGUGAUGAGGUUUUUGAAGAGGAAUUCCAGCCAUCAAGGCUAUGAUGGAAAAAACCCUGUAAAAGACAAUUGCUACAAUGACACUAUAGUACUGUCUUUGAAUUCACGAUUGGCUUUGCUGUUGCAGUUCAUAGGCAUUUGAGUUGCCUUGGGAGCCCUCCUUCUCUUUGUUUAAAUGUCAUGAGAAAUGUAUACAUUUUAGACGAAAAGUCAUGACAGUAUUUCCCUCCCCAUUUUCAAUGGAGAGGGUCAAGAGAGGGAUCUUGUGGCAUUUUCUUCUGACAUUCUCAGACUGUCCUGCUCUUGUAGACUCAAAGGCUGCUUUGAAACUGUACUGGAGAAGGAAAAGGACUGCUUGGCACAUAU